GAAAAAAUAAUUUUAUGAAAAUCAUCCACUUUGAUCGGUGAACUUACCGCGUAAGGAAGUUCGUCCAAAAUUAAAUGGAAAAGUAAACGAAGUACAGAUUAAAUUAAAUUUUUGAUCUGGGCGGAUUUUGUUGCGUCAAGUGUUGAUGUUUGGCGACGAAUUGGAUUGAAACCCAGACAGUUCAAGAACAGAUUCGAGAUUUUCAUGAACAUUCAUUAGGAUCUGUUCUUGUUUUCGAGUUCGGAGGCUAUCUUCUUUGUGAAAAACUGAGAAACAAUUUUCCGAGCUUCUUGUUUCGAUUAAGCCGUAUUGGAUUUCAUCUUCCCCCGGCGGAAGAUCGGAAGAUUGGGUGAAGAACAGAUAAGUUUAACGAGGAGAUAAACAUGGAAAGGAUCCUCUCAGCCAUCAUCUCAGAAGCUGCGGCGAGUGGGAACUCUCUGCUCGUCACUAUAAAGAUUGCAGUGCUACCCAUAGCCAAAGUUUUCACCAUGUGCUUUCUGGGUUUUCUCAUGGCAUCCAAAUAUGUCAAUAUCUUGCCUGCGAGUGGAAGGAAACUCUUGAAUGGGUUGGUCUUUUCGCUUUUGCUUCCAUGUUUAAUAUUCUCUCAGCUCGGGCAAGCUAUUACUGUUGAGAAAAUGCUUAAAUGGUGGUUUAUUCCCGUAAAUGUUGUUCUGGCUGCCACUUCAGGUUCCAUAAUAGGAUUAAUCGUUGCAUUAAUUGUUCGUCCUCCAUACCCCUUCUUCAAGUUCACGAUUGUACAAAUUGGAAUUGGGAACAUUGGGAAUGUGCCUCUCGUUCUCAUUGCAGCUCUUUGUAGAGACGAUUCCAAUCCUUUUGGUGAUUCAGAGAAAUGCAGCACUGAUGGGAUUGCUUAUAUUUCAUUUGGCCAGUGGGUUGGUGCUAUUAUCCUCUACACCUAUGUUUAUGCGAUGUUGGCGCCUCCUCCGGAGGGUACAUUUGACAUCAAAGAUCAAAAUAUUCCAGUUAAGCACCUGCUAAAGGAUACUUUACCGGCGCAUGUACCCUUGCUCGUUCAGGAGGUAGCUCCAACAUAUCCAGAUGCUUCUAAGAAGGAAGAGACUAAGGGAUUCCUUAUGUAUUGGUUUGAGAAAUUGAAGCUCAAGCAAAUUUUUCAGCCUCCUAUCAUUGCUUCGGUCCUAGCUAUGAUAAUGGGUGUAAUACCAUUCUUAAGGCGUUUGAUCUUUACCCCGGAUGCUCCACUGUUUUUCUUCACUGAUAGCUGCAUAAUGCUCGGGGAGGCUAUGAUUCCAUGCAUCCUGUUGGCAUUGGGAGGAAACCUCGUUGAAGGUCCUGGAAGUUCAAAACUCGGGCUACGGACUACUGCUGCUAUUAUUUUCGCACGGUUGGUUUUGGUGCCUCCUACAGGACUUGGCAUUGUCAUGUUAGCUGACAAGCUUGGCUUCCUUCCUCCCGAUGACAAAAUGUUCCGAUUCGUUCUUCUUCUCCAGCAUUCGAUGCCAACAUCUGUCCUCUCGAGCGCGGUGGCUACUUUGAGGGGUUGUGGUAGAGAAUCGGCUGCUAUUCUUUUCUGGGUUCAUAUAUUUGCUAUCAUCUCAAUGGCUGGAUGGUUCAUCCUCUAUUUCAGGAUACUCUUCUAAGGAAAUUGCAACCUUGUGAAUACGUUUCAUAUUCCAGUCCUGCAUAUUCUUUAUUAGCAAUGUCAUAAGAGAAGAACAAUAUCAUCUAGGAAUAGUAUUUUUUGUUUGAGAUGAUUGUAUCAUCAUAAGGCUAUAAGCAAAUUAAUGGCUGUUUCUAUACCGUAUGAAGAGAUUUUAUAUUAAUGAAUAAAUUUUGACUGCCUUA